UAUGGCUGCCGUACAUCGAGAGGCUAUCCAAAAACAGAUUCAACAAGAUUGGGCAAAUCGAGAAUACAUCGAAGUUAUAACUGGUAGCAUCAAAAAGAUAACUGACUUUCUCAAUUCCUUUGGUAAUUAUUUAAAAGAUAUGUCUUGCAGAUCAAGAAUAGCUGUUCUCAACGAAAAACUUACAACUCUAGAAAGAAGAAUCGAAUAUCUGGAAGCAUGUGUUACAAAAGGGGAAACAUUAACCUAAAUUAAUCAUAGUUUAGGAUUUUUGUAUUUAUUGAAAUUAUAUAUGAAUAAAUAUACAAUAAACGUGACUACAAUAAACUAUAUGUUAUAUUCA